GAAGAGGAAGAGGAGGAGGAGCACACUGGAUGGAGGACAGCAGUCGGUGACAGACUCAACAGGACUCGGACAGGCGUGUGCAGCCAUGGCGCUAAUAAUGCUAUCAGGAUGUGUUCUGGUUAUCCCCGUCUUCGCCUUCUUCACCUUCCUGUUCUGUCCUGGUGCUCUCCUUAAAGCCUACAACUGGUACUUGCGUCGCAGCCUGAGGCUGGUGGUGCAUUACUCUCACAACGGAAGUUACCGCUUCUGUUAUUGCAGCCGCGGGACACCAGGAGGCGCCACACCGUCAGUGCUGAUGCUGCACGGCUUCUCCGCCACCAAGGACAUGUGGCUGCCUAUCAUCAAGUAUCUCCCCAGAAACCAGCAUAUUGUGUGUGUGGACAUGCCGGGACACGAGGGGACGACUCGCACGGGCGCCGAAGAUUACUGCAUUCAGGGCCAGGUCGCCCGAAUCCACCAGUUUGUGCAGAGCAUCGGUCUGGACAAAAGACCCUUCCACCUGGUCGGGACAUCGAUGGGCGGGAACGUCGCAGGAGUGUACGCUGCGCAUUACCCUGCUUACCUGUCCAGCGUCACCUUGGUGUGUCCGGCAGGUCUGGUUUAUCCCACAGAGUCUGAGUUCAUCGUUCGUCUGAGGGAGAUGGAGAAGACUCAGCUGGAGGAGUCCAUCCCUCUGAUCCCCUCCACUCCCAAGGAGCUGGAUGCCAUGUUGAAACUCUGCUGCUACACCCCCCUCAACCUCCCCCGACAGAUCCUGCGGGGUCUCCUUGCCAACAGGAUCCCCAACAAUGAUUUCUAUAAAGAAGUGUUCAUGGAGAUUGUCGGGGAGAAGUCUCGUCACUCACUGCAGGAAAACUUGCACUUGAUCACAUCAGCCGUGCAGGUCAUCUGGGGGAUGGAGGACCAGGUGGUGGACGUGUCAGGGGCGGCAGUGCUGCAGGCGGCGCUGCCAAACUGCCAGGUGGAGCUGUUGGACAACUGUGGUCACUCCGUGAUGUUGGAGAGACCCAGAAAAGCCGCCAAGCUCAUCAUGGACUUCCUGUAUGCGCAGGGAGUCAGCAGUGAAAACACUAAGAAACUUUCCUGAAGAAAACCUUUGAACCGUAUGAGCUCACGAUGAAUAACGAGGGCAGUGAUGAAGGUUAUAAUGAAGGGGUAUUGAUACUCUUUUAUAGUUUAAUACAAGAGUUUUCUAUGACUGUGAAAAUGUAAUAAAUGCACAAAAGUCAGUCAAAUAUUCCUGAAGUUUGUAUUCACUCAGCACCACGCAGGAAGACGUAUUCUCUGCUUUAGAAGUUCAUGUUGGCUGAAAACAUUCCACGUUGGGAUUUUGCACAUUUGUCUUUCAGAAUUUUUUUUUUCAGUGUCUUGUUUCAUGUGAAAAGACGUUUGUUUGUGUUCAAAGUCUCCUGCUGUAAACCGACUGCAUAUUUAACCUCAACUGAAAUUCAAAUGCAAAGAUGUGCAGUGUUGCAG